AUGGAAGGUAAUUGAGAUUAUUAAUGGAAUUGAAAUUAGAUUCUUUUGAGAAAAUCUGAAGGCGCCACUCCUCAGAAGAGGCACACGAUUGGUCGGCCGUAUUUUCGUUACAGUAUCCCUCAAAAUAAUUAAUUGUGAAGUGAGCAUUCAGAAUAAUACAACUUUUUUCCACGCCUUGUUAUUGUGUGGUAAUUACAAAUUUUGUGAUUUCAGCACACAAAUGCUGGCGCCGAAUUCGUAUCGAGGACGUGGAAACCGCGGAGGGAGAGGCGGGUAUCGAGGUGGUCGCGGAGGAUCCGAAGACGGAGACUUUCGCGGAGAAGGACGAGGUGGAUACCGAGGAGGAGGACGCGGAAGUGACGGCUGGAAUCGUGGACGAUACGAAGGCGAGACGUCUUCGAGAGGAAACGGAAACAGAGGAAGAAGAGACGAUCGAGGAGGCUCACGAAACGACAACAGAGAUAAUGCGGGAGGUUACCGAGAACAAUACGGAGGCGAACAGUCCUCCAGAGGGUACACCGGCUAUGGAGGAAGAGGGAGCCGAGAGGACCGAAGAGGAUACCGCGGUGAACGGACUGAUCGGGGAGAAUUUCAUCGAAACAGAGACGACUUCCAUGCACAUUCGGAAAGCGGCGAUGCACGCCGAAGUGGCGAACGGGACGGAUACAGAGGAGAGAGCGAAGGUCGGGGCGGAAACCGUGGUGGAAGAGGAGGGUCUCGUGGCGGAGCAAGAGAUGGAUACAGACGAUCCGAAUGCCACUAUCAUCCGGUCGGCGAUUUCGCUGGAAAAGGAACAGGGUUGCUUACGACGAAUGAUAGAGAAGAAGGUAUAUGUGUUUCCCGCUAAAGGUUAUUUAUGAUUUUUUUAAACUUUUUCAAUUUGUUUGCUUCCACAACAUAUAAACCUGUAAAACAGGCGUGGUGCGCGCUCUCUCCCUUAUUGAACUACUGUAGCGGGCAAUGCGUGCAAAGUUUCGUCGCGGUGAAUUGCUCACUUUGCGGGAAUUUCCGAAAUCCUAAAAUUUAGUUCUUGUUUCUCGACGUUUCCGGGCUGCGCGAGCCUCGAUUUUUCUCCGGUUUUUGUCAAAAAAUGUUAUUUUCAUCAGUAAAAUUUAAUCGCCACAAAAUGUUUAAAAAAAAACAAUUUCUGUGCUAGUUUUUAAUCUUCGGUUUCCCGAUAACGUCAUCAUUUUUUCUUUCAGAUAACUCUGGCAAUAUGAACCAACAACAGAAUCCACGUCUCGCUAUCAAUAUCUUCGGGCUCCAGCUCUCGAAGCGCACCAUCUUCCGUCAUGUCGUUCAGAUCAAAUUGUUUGAUCAGAAGACCAAGAAAGAUUACAUUCUCACGACCAUGAGCGCAAGGUAGUUUUUCAUGUCCCCAACUUUGAUGAACAGGUGCUGUGACUUCAGGGGUCGUGGAAGUCGUGCAAGCAAACAAAGUGACAAUUUCAUUCUGCUGGGUCAAUUGUUAGACAAAUGGAAUGAGAAGAGGACCGGAAGCCCGGAACGGCUAAUUUUCGCUUACGACGGAGCCCAGUCACUAUUCGCCCUCGAAGGAAUCUGCCAUGUAAGAAAAGAAAUGCAGUUUUCAAUUUAUGUUUUCAUUUAGAGUAUCGAGAUUCCAAAAGAAGAGGCUUUGCAAAUUCCGGGCAUUUCCGACUUUCUGAAAGAUUCGAUCAACUUUUUGGAUGGUUGUAUUCAAAUCUCUUGUGAUCCAGAUCAAGAGAAGGCGUCGUUCAAUCAAACCGAGCUCAACGAGUGGAGUGACCCGAGGUUCUACGCGUACUUGGAUAUUGUGACGUCGCAAAGUGCCAUCCGAAGUGGAAAGUACUUGUCCCAAUCGAAAGGAUUGUAUGUGAACACCAAGUACAUGGAGAAGCUUCGCGUUGGUUGGGCCGUUGCUGCAAAAGGAAUUCACAAAGGAUGCCGAGUGGUUGGAACAACCGCCCCAUUGCCAAUUUUGGAAUUGGAUCGUAACGAUACAAUAAUACCAGCUUAAUAUACUUUUCCUACUUUCAGCACAAUCCACGCAAUACUAUGCUCCGAUUCCUCUCAGCGACAUGCUACAGCUCGCGUUUCCUCGGGAUUUUCCCCAUAACCGAAUUAUUACUCCAAAUCAACGUCUUCAAAGAGCUGUUAAAUUGCUUAUGAAAGGUCUAAUAAGUUGAGAGAUUUUCAAGUAAUUUUUCAUUUUAGAAUUGAAGUGCAACCCGUAUUACGAGGAUCUCGCCAAUUGGGCAACUAAUACCAUCAUCAUCACGGACAUCGACUACAAUGCCCCAAGGGACACUGAGUACAGGGAGAAAUACCCGAAUCUCAAGUAAGUUAGCGACUUUUUACACUGACAUUGCGUUAUUCUUCAGAUAUCCACUGUUACCGGCGGCUAUAUGCGGAAUAGGUCCGCGCAAGCGCAUGAUGCCGCUAGAGUAUCUCAAAGUCCUUCCUUUCCAGUCGAUUGAUCGUCGUGUACUAGAAGAGUUUGAGCUAACAGUUCGUUUUCAAAACGUUUUUCAUAUCAAAAAUAAUAUUUAUAGCCGCGCGCCAAUGCCCCGGAGGAACGCUGGAAAACUCUUCAAAAUCACUACGAAGAAUUUGGCUUCAAUGACGAAGUGAUGACUGCCUUCGGAGUGACGAUCUGUAAUGAUCCCUUCUCGAACAUCAGCUACAUCGAUGGUGAGAGAGUUGCAAAGCCAAAUAUCGCUUAUGCCGACCCCGUUCACGUUGACGACGAAAAGGUAAAAAAAAGAGCUUUUAGAAGACAAAGAAAACGCUCUUUCAGCGAGACUGGAAAGCUCAGGAUAAAAAGUUUUCAACCCCGGCGAAGAUCGAUCGUUUGGUGUUAGUGCUUGCUGCCGGUUAUUCGCGUAACUUCGAUGCCGAGAAGAAGGCUGUGGAAUUUGUGGCUCGUGCGUUCAUGCAGAGAUGCAAAGACAAAGGAAUGCAGAUUGUCGAUUUUGAUUUCAAAUACCAUGAAGGAGAACGAGACUGCGAGACAUUCUUGACUAGCAUCUUCAAAGACCUUUACACACACCCCAAGUACAAUUCGCCUUCCUUCAUGCCGUUUGUUCUUUUCGUAUCCGAUGACAUCCCCAACAUUCAUGGUUGUUUUUCUUGAACCCUUCGGUUCUCAUUAACAAAUUGCAGAAUGUCUCAAGUUCGAGGAAAGAAUUGUUGACAUCCCAACCCAACACGUUCUCCUGAAAAACAUCCGUAAAAUUCGUGACAAUAUGGAGAAGAAAUCUCAGGGUGGCAGAAGAGCUUAUGAUUUGACUCUGGACAACAUUGUCAUGAAGGCCAACGUCAAGUGCGGAGGGUUGAACUACAUCGCAAUUCCAAAAGAGUGAGUUCUGUCUACUCCGUUCAUACUUGAAAAAGUUGAUUUCAGUAUUGCUUGCUGGGAGUCGGUUUCGACCUUCGUAAUGGGAAUGGACGUAGCUCAUCCGGAUCGAGUGGCGGUUAGAGAGGGUAGUCCGUCAACUGUUGGAGUAAGUAAAAACAUGUUUCAGUUGUGUAUAUUUAUUUUAAUCUAAGCUUUCGUGCAACUCCGCGGAAAGUCCGUAUCAAUUCAUCGGGGACUUCCACUAUACGGAACCAAGACGAGAGGCCAUUCAAGAUCAAAUUUUGAGACACUUCACCGCUCAGAAUGUUCGUAGCUUUGCCGAACUUCGUGGAUUCCCAAAAAAGAUCAUAAUUUUCCGCGACGGAGUGUCAUUCGGAGAAGAAUCUGAAGCUUUGAGAGAGGUUCAGGUCAUUGAAAGCACCAUCAUCGAAGCUGCGCGAGACCAGGGAGUUUUCGAUUAUGCUCCAAAGGUUUUGGCGGUCGUCGUGAAGAAGCGUCAUCACACUCGUUUCUAUGGAAAAGGAGGGUACCAAGGAAGCCAGCCAACUGUUCGUGGAGAUAGCUAUGUAUUUAAUUCAAUUCACUAUUUUAGAACCCGUUGCCGGACACUUCUGUCGGUGGAGAAAUCGCCGAGUAUGGUAAACGACAGAUCUUCAUUCAAGCUUUCCGCCCGGUUCAAGGGACUGCCAAGGUCCCUUCGUUCCUCAUCAUUCGUGACGAUGAGAAUGUUUCCGAUGAUCACAUCUCGAAACUUGUGUGUGCCGUCUGCAGCCUCCAUCAGGUACGGAUGAUGAUUUAUCAGAAGUUAUUUUCAAAUAAUUAUUUCAGUUGGUGAACAGCCCAACUUCUAUCCCUACCCCAGUGUACGUCGCUCACGAGUUCGCCAAAAGAGGAACUAGCAUGUUGAAAGCCUACAAGUAUGAUUGAUUCAGACAAAAUAAACUCAUUUAUCUUUUUCCAGAUAUAAAAGGGGCGAUCUUAUUGACGACUGGUUCACCUUGACAAAUGCACUCUCGUAUAGCACACUCGACCGACUCUCCAGGAUGAGAGUAGUCUAGGCCUAGCCAACCAUCGCCCUUUCUUAUCGUGUUAUAUCCCUGUAUCUCGUUUCAAAAGGUAUAGAAUAACUAAACAUAAUAAAGCUCAAAAGCUAUUUGUUAUCCCAAUCGUACGCUUAAUCACCAAAUUUUUUUUGCCUGAGCCUUCCCCCACUUUUCUGCUCUUCUCUUCUCGCUACUGCGUUAAGCCCCGCCCAUUCGCCCGUUUGUUUUUGAAUAUAGCGAAGCGUAGCUAGUAUUCUUUUCGAAUACCACGCAACUUGCAUCUCUCCGUUAUAUUCCAAGUUACCAUCUCUUUUUCCCUCUGUGUAUAAUGUUGAAUUGUACUUUCCCGGUAUGCUCGUGGGAAGAUCUAUUUUCGUACGAGCAAGUGGAACGCAUUUCUUAUUUAUACCUCGUUCCAUUGGUUAGUUUGUUUCCAAAGUAUGAACGUGACGUGUCAAAUAUGUUUUUUUUUAAUUUGUUGUCUGGACCGUACUGCAUAAAUAUAAGACGUCCCAAAUGAUUGCAUUUUCACACUUUGCGGAUCACGAGAAUCUUAUAACUAACCCACUCAUAAUGAGGGAAUAUGAGGUUUUUUCGGCGUGGGGCGAGAAUCUUUUGAUUAUUAGCCAACUUGAGAAGAUACCUCAUCAUUCUGUUUGUGCUUAUGAAAGAGUAACUCUGUUUCUCUCUGAUCACUUCACGUGAUCGAAAAUGAAUGUAGUGCAGCCUCAAUUAGCCAUUUGGAACUGGGGGUUUUGUGUUUUCGCUGUCAAAUUUUAUCAGCGUUCUUGGACGGGAAUUCAGCAGAAACUGACGUUUUGCCAUCCAUAAAAUAACCUAUGAAAGUCCGUUCAGCCGAUUGCUUCAUGUCCUGCGGGAUUUCUUUGUCGCCCAUUCUAAUCAUAUUCUGAAUACAGAAUUAUUGUUGCCAAACGGAGGAUUCCACGUGGCAGACCAGCCGACGCCCUCAAUAUGCGUUUUGGUGAUAAUUAGUGAGGGAUAUUUCGAAAACAGCCGAAUGACAAAGAAACAGAAAAAGAAGAAGAAGAAGAGGGAAAAGUAUGAGGUGCCCACGGACUCGCAUGAAUAUAUUUGCGUCGCGGACAAAACGAGGACUCUUCUUGCUCAUAAUGAGCUUCCGCGGAUCCUUCGGGACGGGCAACGAGGGACGGUUUCUGCCCGAAUGGCUCAUUUGAACGAGAAGAGCCUAAUGAGUUCGAACCUCUUUAACAGGGACUUCAUCUUCUCCUUCUUCGUAUUCUGUUUUCGUACUUUCUUCCCAAUUCCGAUGCCUUCUUUCUUUAUAACGUUCAAACAAUAAUAAGCUUCAUUUAUCUGCCGAAGCCAAUGCGAACAAAUAUUCUUUCGCGGCUUCUUUCCCCGAAUUCUCACGCAUUGUGCAACGGAGCAUCUCGUGCUCAUUGCGCAUUUCUCCAAUUAGUCCGUUCUUCUCAUCUGAUUAUCACCACAUCUUUGACGACAUUUUUUGCAUUUUUAUGCGCCCAAAAGAAGAGAUGGAUGUACUCAGAAGUGAGGUGUUCGGGCGGCGGAAAAGGAAAGGAAAACACUUGAAAAGGCGAGGGACGCUCCCCGCCGACGACGUCUUUUCCCAUUUCAAAAUAGAACCUCGAGAAAUUGGGCAUGCAUAUUUUGGUCUUUGUUCCCCUCCGAAGUCUCAUCGGAAUCAUCCUGAUGACCUAUUUGUAAGCGAUUAGAAGAGAAUGAGAGAGAAAGAGAAAGAGAGAGAGAGAGAGAGAGAGAGAGAGAGAGAGAGAGCUGAAAGAGAAAUGACUGAAUACUUGAGCAUGUUCCGGAAGUUCUCGAAAACAAAAAUGCGUAUUUAUGAAGGACCAGGUCCGAUCACUGUGGAAACUGUGGUCCCAAGCGGUCGCUCUGCAAACGUUUCCCUUUCGCGUCAUUUCGUUUUAAUGAACACUCGCUCCUCGUGCUCUGAUUCUCGUGGUUACUCACUCAUUAGUGCUUGAAAAGAGUCGCCAUUGACGUCAUCGCCGACGCGGGGGGAAAGUCUCGAAGGAUUCGGAAGAAAAGAAACGGUGUCCUCCGUUUGGAUGCACUAGAAAGCGCACAAAAACAAGAAUAGAUGAACAGACAGACGGAAAUUGAAUUGAAAAUGAAAUGAAAUGAGAAAAGCAUGGUCCUUUGUGUGUGUGUUUGCAUGGUCCCUCCGAGCCCGAACAUACCCAACUGCUGCAGGUGUGCAUCCCCGGAAUCGUUGCCGCCGUCCUCUCCGCCAUCGUCUUCUUCCGGCUUCGUCACAGCUCGCUCGAGGUUCGUUUGCUCUCUCUCUCUCUCUCUCUCUCUCUCUCUCUCUCUCUCUCUCUUUCCGUUUUCGAAUGAGACACGGGCCUUCCGGGUGUCUGAGUGACGAGUCCUUCCGUGAAUUUAAAUGAAAAUGAGCUCGGAAUGGGGCAAUGGAAGAGCGGAUGACACGAUCAUGGCCCGACGGACUCGAACGAUGAGUUCAGGGACGAAAAGAGACGACGGAGCAGGGAGCAGUUGAGCCAGAGAACCAGAGAACCAGAAAAUGAUCAUGCACGGGGAAGACAUUUAGAAGUAGAGAAGUUUGAAUUAUCACUUGACAACGCUUACUCUCUCUCUCUUCCCAGAUACCUCUUUUCGUCUCUCAAAACAUUGAACUUUAGCCAAAAAGGAUCAGAGAAAGGAUCACAAAACAAAUGCCCUAAGGCAUCGUGAGAAUUCAUCAUCAGGAUCUGGAUCAUUCAGGUGCUUCUCUGCGGACUCUCCCUCUUCGAUGUCGUCCUCCUUACUUCCUCCAUCAUGAUCUACCCCUCAAUGCACCAGUGUUCGAGAAUCCACGAACCGUCCGAACGGGUAUUGUUCAUUGACCAAUCCGUCUUAACGUCUUCUUUCUCAUUUCCAGCACAACAGUUUCGUUUGUCAUUUCUUCUGGCGCGUCACGGUCUUAAUCUUUCCAUUGUCUCUGAUCGCUCAAGCGGGCUCCGUCUGGACGUACGUGGCCGUCACCGUCGAUCGAUUUAUCGCCGUCUGUUUCCCGCUCAAAAAGAGAGUGUGGUUCACGAGAUCCAACUCAACGACAGUUCUCAUUUGCAUCACUUUCGUAAGGUACUCCUCCUGAGCUCCCCUCAAAAUGGAUAAAAAACGAGAGAAGAGACCAUCGUUCUUUUCUGAAAUGUUAAUGUCUUUUCGAGUUGACAUACACUCUUCACAAGAUUUAUAUUUUGGCAGGAGCAUCCAAACAUCCAAAAACAAUUUGGAAAUGUCGAGGAUCUUUCAGCACUCUCUUCAAAUUGCCCUCGUUCUUCGAAGUGCAAUUGGAUCAGAACGGAGAAGUCGGGCCGACGGAAUUGCGGAAGAAUGAGUUCUACAUCGAGUUCUAUCUCUUCUACCUCUACGUGGCACUCAUCCAACUCAUUCCCUGGACCCUAAUCAUCUUCCUCAACGCAAUCAUCAUUCACAAAGUGAGAAUUGCCUAUCGGGCGCAGGAAGGAAUGGUUCACAAAAGUGCGAAACCGAAGACGAAACGAGAAGAUGCGGAGAGGAAGUGAGUGGAGAGAAAAAGAGUUCGGAAGUGAGAGAAUGGGUUCAGAGUGACGGUGAUGGCGACGGUGAUGACGGGCAUAUUCAUAAUCUGCAACAUCCCUCCGGGCAUCAACUAUCUCGUCGAUAAGUACAGCAAGUCGCCGGUCUACAGACAGCGCAUUCCGCUCUCGAACCUGCUCGUCUGCGUCAACAGGCACGUCCUCUCUUUCUGCCGGUCUCCACCAUCUUCCGCUUCUUUCAGCGCUUCCAAUAUGAUGAUUUACUGUGUCUUCAACAGCCGAUUCCGUCGGGCCGCCCUCAAAUUGCUCGGAUGUCCGUCGCUUGCUCCGACGAGAGCUGGAAGUGUUGUGACCCGAUUGACGAGGGAUGAGACCGCCGGAAUGGUAAUUCAUCCCUCAUCUGACCCUUUAAUCGGUUUCAAUUUCAGUUGCGUUUCCGAGUAACGACUCUAGAGAAUUUGCACGCGCGGAGUCCGGAAACGGCCUGUUAG